UUGCAGUUAUACAAAAUAAGCUUUCCAUUCCUCAAAUCAUUGCUUACCCAAAUGCAGGCCUUCCUCUAAAUUUCAACUCCCCAAUAGUUUCUUUUUUAAACCCUUUUAGUUAUUGCCUCCCACGACCUCUCCAUGAUUGCAAACUUCCAUAUGUGUCUUUUUCAAUAAGGUUCUUCUAAGCACCUUCACCAUUGCCAUUCUCUCUUAUGAUUUUUAUCAAUGUCAAACUCUGAAUCUGAAGUUUUUUCGUCUCCGUCUUCUGAUUCGGCUUCCGAGCCAUCCCCGGUUAAGGUUCAACUGGUUUCUAAAUUGGUAUCGGACCGACUUCUUGAUAAGUUCUUCGAUGUGUCGGAAUUCAACUUCGAUUACUCCAAGAGUGGGAUUUGGUCUCCCCCUGUUCAAAGAAGUGUCUUCAUAAGCUCCCCUGGGAGAAUAUUCAAUGAACAAGAGAUGCUCGAAAGGCUCAAAGUUGUAAUGGAAAGACGUCGUAGUAGUAGAAGAUUCAAUGCUUGUUUCAACGCAUCUUGCUGUUCUUGAAGCAACAGUGAAGGUUUUCUUA